AUGGAGUUCUCAAAGUUGUAUCGAGGAGCAUUUGUUGCAAUGAAGGGUAUUCGAAAGGGAAUUUUAUAUUUCCUAGACCGCUCUAUAGUCACAGGGAGAGUGGCUAUCUCCACUGGCUCAGACGAUGAUGUAUCAGACACUUUCAGACUUUGGCACAUGCGCUUAGGGCAUGUCGAUGAGAAGGCUUUACAAGGGUUGGUAAAACAAGGCCUAUUGAAAGGCGCUAAAACAGGAAAGCUUGAGUUCUACGAGCAUUGUGUACUGAGCAAGCAAACAAGAAUCAAGUUUGGUACUGCCAUUCAUGGUACCAAAGGGAUUCUGGACUAUGUUCACACAGAUGUUUGGGGAUCUUUCAAAAAUGCUUCUUUAGGAGGUAAAUACUACUUUGUGUUGUUCAUUGAUGAUUUCUCAAGAAGAUAUCGAUUUACACAAUGA